GAUGGGAGAUAAGAGAAUUGAUAAAUACUUAUUUAAUAUCAGUCAUAAAAUUGGAGAAGGCUCUUAUGCUACAGUUUACAAAGGAGUAAAUGAAAAAACAGGAGAAAAAGUAGCAAUCAAAAUGCUUAAUAAAUCUGUCAUUAAUGCGUAUAAUCUACCUAUUUAUACUAAAGUGAUGAUUAUUUAAGAGAAGGAUUAAUCUAAGAAAUCAAAAUUAUGGGGAAGUUAAAAAGUCCAAACAUUGUCUAACUUUUAGAUGUUAUGGAAACUUCAAAUAAUUAUUAUAUUGUUUAAGAAUUUUGUGAUGGAGGUGAUUUUGAUGAGUAAUAAUCUUUUAUUAUUUAGAUUUCUUAAAAAAAAGAAAAAUCUAACUGAAAAAGAAGCCAUUAAAUUUUUAGUCGAUGUCUUAACUGGCUUCACCUAACUUAUUAAAAAUGGAAUUAUUCAUAGAGAUUUGAAACCUGCCAAUAUCUUAUUAGAUAAAACAGUAUUAAAAUUAUAACUAUUUCUUUAUUAGACCUAUAAAUUAGCAGAUUUUGGGUUUGCAAAAUGUGUAGAUAAUUUCAAAAAAGACAUGAUGUCUUCAAUGGUUGGAACUCCAUUAUACAUGAGUCCAUAAAUCUUAGAUCAUAAGAGAUAUAAUUCCAAAACUGAUGUAUGGAGUAUAGGAUUCAUUUUUUAUGAAGCCCUUUUUGGAAAAAGUUAAAUUCUCUAUUAUAUUUUAGCUCCAUGGACUGCUAGAUCUCCUCCAGAAUUAUUAAAGAAUAUCAGAACAUAACCAUUAAAGUUCCCAACUGAUAAAAUACCAAUCUCUUAAGAAACCUAGGAUUUAAUAAUUGGUUGUCUCUAAGCUGAUGAAUCUAAAAGAUUAUCAUGGGAAGAAAUAUACAAACAUCCUGCAGUUGCCUAAUAUUUUUAAGAUAUUGUUAAGGGGAAUUCUAAAUUAGAAGACAAAGCUUAAUAUUUGAUUAACGAUAUUAGACUUAUGAUAAUAAAAGAGAAAUUAGAUAUCAGUUAAUUAUUUGCAGAAUUAGAUAUGUCUAAAGAUAAAGCAUUAGAUGUGAAUGAAUUAGGUAGAUUCUUAACAAGAGUUGACAAAGAUAUCUAAAGAGAUGAAAUUGAAUAUAUCUUUAAUAAAUUUGAUGAGGAUGGUAGUAAUUCAAUAGAUUUUGAAGAGUUUAAAAAAUGGAUGGAAGAUAAUUCUGUAUAAAAUAAAAAUAUAUUAUUAGAUAUAAGUCAAAUAAGAAAAAUAGAUUAGAGAUAGAUCAAAGAAAUAAUCAAUUUUAGGAAAGAAUACUGUAGAAGAUCGUGCAAAUUAUGUUAUAGAAAAACUAAAGCUUUCUAUUAUCAAAUAUAAUAUUUAACUUAUUGAUUUGUUUAAGAAAGUAUAAUCUAUCAAUAUAAUUAGUUUGAUAAAUCAGCUGAUUUAAAACUAGAUUUAAAAGAAAUGGGUUAGAUGUUGAAAAGAAUUGAACCAAGUAUAAAUGAAGAUGAAACUAGAGCAGUCUUUGAUUUCUUUGAUAUCAAUAAAGACGGUGAAAUUACAUUCUAAGAGUUUUAGACUAAUUUAUAGGAAUGCAUAGUUCAUAAAAAAUGA